CAGCAUGUGACGCGAGCACUACCGAAGAGUUACUGCCGCCGCGCGACCUGCGUCCAGCGGGAGGGAAAACAGGAGCCCAAGCCUCAUUCGCCGAUGAGAACCGAUCACAGCAAACAAUUUUACGAGCGACAUGGUUUUUGGCGAAGGGAUUGAUCUCGUGGUCCAGAGGAUGGCACAACAUGGCACUCAGCCUGUCUAUUAUUACCGAUUCUCUUACGUUGGUCCUCUCACAGCUUAUCCUGGAUAUGAUGGUGCCAAUCACAGCAACGAUAUAAAUUACAUGUUCGUUGGAAGAGGCGCUGAGACACUGGAAGACGGAUCUGAAGCCGCUCUUGUCAGAAGCAGACUCAUUGCAAUGUGGACAAACUUCGCUAAAUACGGGAACCCAACACCUAAUGUGGACUCUGUAGUUACUCAAAACUGGACUCGAUACACCACAGAAGAGGCACCUUAUUUGAACAUCGAUGCGAAUUUAACUCUUCGGAACAAGUUAAAACAAAAUGAAUAUGCAUUUUGGCACAGUCUUUUGCCGUAGGCCUACAAUGUGAAGCAUUUAAAGUUGGAAUUUCUUCCCUCUUGUUAUCUACCAAAUGACUGUCCACUUUCGUUUAUCUACCCGUCACUCCGCCGAAAUGCAGCUCACAGCCUUAACAACAGUUCCAGUGAAUCGUACCCAUUGACACAAAACAUUAGUUUAAUGUUUACGUAGAACUUCCUGAGAGUCUCUCUGUGCUGCUGCUCCAUUCUAAUUUUGAUUUCAUCAGCACACGCUGUGUUUUU